AUGGUCAAGAGAAUCAAACAAAAGUUAAGAAAACAAGCACAUGACCCAGAUUUUGAAUACCAACCAAUGACAAAAGCCAAAGAAGAUACAAGGAACAAGACACAAACUACUGCUGAUGUACCCAAACCAACAAAGGGUACCGAUGAAGAAAAAGAGAAGAAGAAUGAAAAGAAAAAAGAAGAAAUCAAAACAGAGACAGAACCUGCUACUAAACCCGAGCAAAAAGAGGGUGCUCAUGAAGCAAAACAACAACAGAAAGAAAAGAUGCAAGAAGAUAUUGGCCAAGAGAAAGAACUUGCUGCUGAAACCAACCCAAAAGAGGAUGCUAAUCAAGAAAAGACACAACUUCAAGUAUUGGAAAGUGAUGAUGAUUUCAAGGAAGAAUCAAUCCAAAACAAGCCACUCGCCAUUUCAUGUCGCAAAACAAACAAGCAACAACAUCAACUGACAUGGAACAAAGCAUUAUUCAGCAAUCAAGGAAACAUGUUAUCAUCUCAAGAGUGCAAGACAAUAAUUGCAUCAAUUGAGGAAUACCCACAACAAACCCUACACUCGAAUGAUUGUGCAAUCGCCGUUUGCAAUGUUAUCAACCAAUAUAUCAACUGGCAACCUGUGUAG